CUUUCGGGCAGAUCUCGAGCACCACCCAACAAAGUGACCACCAUGCUUUCCGCAAAUUCACAGCAAAUGAGUCAGGCUUUUCAUGAGCCGCGGGCCUUGGCAUAUACCCUCAUGGAAGGAAUGAACCCCUCGCAGGAUGCCGCCCUGAUUCGUAGCAUUGACGACAUGAUGCGGAAAACGGAGGAUGAACGGACGAAAGUGGCCGAGGACGCUCGAGCAACUCUCAAAGCCUUGAGUCGGCAGCUUCAGCUAGCAAAAGAGAACGCGGAGCGUCCAAAACGCGAGCUCGAAGUGCAUCAACAUGCAGAUCGUAUGGUUACGUUGGAUAGAGAAAAGUAUACUGUUGCCCGCAACAUUGCAGACAUUGAUGCGACCAUAGAAUCUCUCGAAUGUCAAUUAUCACAGCUACAGAACGAGCUUGUCGUCUUGGAAAGAGAAGAGCGCACUGAGGCAGAAAUGCCGCCCACCGAACAACGAUUGAAACUGGAGCUCUUCCGGUCAUUGGGUAUUGAGCUGCAGCGAAGUGAUGCGGGCGAGUUUACCAAGUGUAAAGUCCGUUGUUAUCCACGACAUGACAUACAGAUUUUGGAGUUUGAAGACAAAUUCUCGCGAUACUUCUAUGCCAACAUGUUGUGGGACAUGUGUUCAUGAAAUCACCGGCAUUACACACUCGACAUACACGAGACCAUAAUCCUUUUGUGUACAUAUUUUUUAGAAUAAUAUAUUAUACUACGGAAAUUGAUCGGGCAACG